CAUCAAAACAGCAAAGAAAUCUAAGCUUUGUUUACUCUUUUUAUCUUACUCUCCCUUCCUUAAUUUUCCAAAUGGAAAGCCACAAAUUUCUAGUUUAUUUGCUGUUCCUCACCCUCACCAUUGUUUCCACUAUCUCUGCUCGGAUGCUCGAUGAGGAUCCAGAGGCCCCAGUGGUGCCUCCACAACCGUUGCCUACACCAUUAGCAGCCACUCAAGCUAAUCCUAGUGUGGGUGCAGGCACUAGUGGCACCACAGCAGCCAAUCCUGAUGGCCAUACUUUAACCUUCUUCAUGCAUGACAUUCUUGGAGGGUCAAACCCCACGGCUAGAGCUGUUACUGGCAUAGUCAACAACCCUGCGGUCAGUGGUCAAGUCCCCUUUGCUAAACCCAAUGGUGCAGUCCUCCCAGUAAGCAAUGGGGUGCCCCAAAACAACAACAAUAAUGGCCUUAUUAACAACAACAACCUACCUUUCCUCACAGGCUUAAGUGGCACCACGCCAAAUGUUGUAGUACAAAACAAUGGCAACAACAACAAUGCAAUGAACUUCCCAGUUGUUAGUGGAGAUCAACUUCCUUCCACCCCUCAACAGCUCAUGUUCGGAACGAUGACCGUGAUCGAUGAUGAACUAACAGAAGGGCACGAUUUAAGGUCAGGGUUUGUUGGCAGGGCACAAGGGUUCUAUGUGGCUAGUUCUGUUGAUGGUACAAGUCAAAUUAUGGCAUUUACAGUUAUGUUCCAGAGUAGUCAUUAUGAAGAUAGUCUUAGCUUUUUCGGGGUUCAUCGGACUGCUGUGUCUGAGUCUCAGCUUGCUAUCAUGGGUGGAACUGGAAAGUAUGUUAAUGCUCAAGGUUUUGCCAUUGUUAAGACCUUCCCUGCUACUAAUCAGCAUGAGACUGAUGGCAUUGAGACUCUGCUUGAGUUUACUGUCUAUGUCACAUACUAAAUUUGUAUUUGAUAUUGUAAUGUUAUAAUGUGUGCUUAAGAUUAAUAUUUUCCAGUUCUUUUCUUCAUGAGUUCAGGAAAAAAGGAAAAAAAUGCAAUGGAAAAUGCUUGUAACUUCAAAGUGUGAAUUGCUAUAUGAUAUUAAUGCAACCUGCAGCCACAUGCCAGGGCAUUUGGUCUA